UUUAUUUCUAGAAACAGAAAAUACAGUAGGUUACAUAUUAACACAACAUGCAAACACACUUUUUUAAAUAUAAUAAUACAAUUACAUAACUGCAUAUUUACUUUCUCACACCAAAUGCCUGCUAGAAUGUGUGAUAUAAUGCACUGUAUGGGAUUAAAAUGCAGUACAGGCCACACUACCCUGCCCCUUUUCCCUCGCUAGGCUGUCCUCUGAACAGUGCAAACUAAGGCACAAUGGGACUUAAUUACUGGGCAGUAGUGUGUCUCAGAGAGAUAGAGGGAGCCCUGUUUCUCUGAGUUUCCCCCCUUUCAAAUACUGUACAAUGCCAUCUUCCCUGGGGUAGGGUGGGAUGAGGAGAGAGCUCCACACAAGAAGGCAGGUUAUAGGCUGAACUGGUGGAAGGCACAAGGUAAGGGAGAAAGAGGGAGAGAGAAGGGGAGAGAGAGAGUUAUUGGAGUUGAAUCCACACUGUGAAAGCAAUACUACCAAUACAGUAUAACUACAAUGCCACAUGCAGGGGUUCUUAAGUAUUACUGAUUCAGAAGUAAGCAUAAAGUUAGACAAAAUCAUGGCAGAUAAUACAGCAGACGUCUGGCAUCUAAAAGCUACCUCUAUCAGACCUCAUCUGUCUAGGAUGACACAAUAGUGCCCUCUAGUGCAGGACAACACCUACUUUAAUUUUCUCUGUCCAAUUCAUUCCAAACAUGUCUCAAAAGACACCUAUCAUGUGUUCAUGAUAAGCGUUAAGCUUCAACAUCCAUUCCAUUGGGCCUUUACAUGACAAUUUAUUUUAAAUAGAAUAGUAUACCUGUUGUAUUCGGCGCAUGUGACAAAUACAAUUACAUUUUUAUAGUUAUACUAGCCGUAAAUUACAUCAAGGCAGGCCAAAGAUUAAUUUAGCUGUCAUCCUUUUUGGAUCCUAAAAUUAAUAUUUAUAAGUGUCAUAAAUAAUUGUCAGUUUUGAAUAUAUUGAAAAAAUUUAUAUCAUAGUUUGUAAUGGUUGUAUUAAGAUGCAGUUAGCUUAUUUUGUAACCUUUCACGAAUGUAUUGCUUUUGUGUGUUAUACAGGAGCCUGUAUGAAUGUGCAUGUGACAGGAAAAGUUUAUUUUCAUUUAUUGUUUUUGACUGCACUUUGCUCACUUUUAGGGAUGGAGUGAGAUGGGGACAAAGUUCACAGAGAGCACAUGGGGAGGAAGAAGGUUACAAAAAAAGGACCUUUGAAAGCAUAACAGCAGGUGGAGGGCUUCAACCAGACAUCUCAGAACGAGACGCGAAGAAAAUCAAACUGGUGAAAAUGAAAUGAAAGCAAACUUUAUAUUUUCCUGAACUGAAGAAAGACAGAAAAGUAAUGACACCAGAAGCCAAAAUGCUCUGCCUUUUGUGUAAGAGCAUGACUGCAGUGUGUCUGUGUUAGUGUGUGAAUGUGUGUGUGUUUGUGACCUGUGGCCUGCGUAGUCUGUGUGUUGUGUUAGCGAGGUAAGGUUUAGGCAACAGUGUAAUGGAGGGAGAGGAGAGGAAAGUGGGAGCAGGGCCCGGCCCUGGGCGUCUGACUAAUCUCCAGAACGAGCUGAUCUGGGCUCUGCUGGGCUCUGGAGUGUCCCGGGAGGUCCUGGUCCAAGCACUGGAAGAACUGGAGCAAGAGAGGGUCACCCCUGGAACAAAGAAGGGGGACAGGGGAGAUGGAGAGAGUUCGGAAGAGGGAGAAAUGGAUUUUCCACCCCCAAUAUUCCAGGAGCUGGAGGCACUAGCCCCAGAGGAGGCAACCAGACAGAGGGCUCUGGUCAACCAACUGCUGCAGGAGGAUCCAUGGCGUGUGGCAAAACUGGUGAAGAGCUAUAUGCAGCAGCAUAACCUCCCCCAGAGAGAGGUGGUAGAGUCCACAGGCCUCAACCAGUCCCAUCUCUCCCAGCACCUCAACAAAGGCACGCCCAUGAAGAACCAGAAACGGGCUGCUUUGUACAGUUGGUAUGUCAGGAAGCAGGGUGAGAUUAGCCAGCAGUUUACCAAUGCCAGGCAUGGCCUUGGGACUGGAGAGGAGCAGGGAGAAGACGUGAGGAAAGGACGGAGGAACAGGUUCAAAUGGGGACCCGCCUCCCAGCAAAUCCUAUUCCACGCCUAUGAACGACAGAAGAACCCAACUAAAGAGGAGAGAGAGGGAUUAGUGGAGGAGUGUAACAGUGCUGAGUGUCUCCAGAGGGGUGUGUCUCCAUCGCAGCUGGCUGGACUGGGCUCUAACCUGGUGACAGAGGUACGAGUGUACAACUGGUUCGCUAACCGCCGCAAGGAGGAGGCCUUCCGCCAUAAACUGGCUCUCGAUUCGCCUUACACCAGCCAAUCAGCAAGCACCACCAACCAAACUUUCUCACACAACCCUGUGCAAGGCAUGAAGUACAGCCAGCAAAUCACAUGUGACAGUCUGGGAUCAGUGAAGGGUCACAGUGGAGACCGAGGCUUGGCAGACUGCCUGGCCAGCCCCAUCCAACUUGAGCCCAGCCACACACUCCUGGAAACAAACCAUCACAAACUAGUAUCAGGAGGUGGUCCACUGCCCCCAGUAAGCACCCUGACCUCACUGCACAGUCUGUCUGCCUCGCCUUCUCCCCCCCAGGGACUCAUCAUGGCCUCCCUGCCCAGCGUCAUGUGUCUGGGAGAGUCUUCUCUCCUCAUAGGUCAAACAGUACCUGUCAUCAACAACGUGGGAGGCGGGUUCACCACCCUUCAGCCAAUCUCUUUCCAGCAGCAGCUUCAUUCCUCUUCCCAGCAGCAACUCACACAGCAGUUCCAGAGUCAUAUGGGCCACAGUCCUUUCAUGGCAACCAUGGCACAGCUUCCAUGCCACAUGUACAGCAAGUCCGAUAUGUCUUCCUACCCUCCGUCCAGCCUACUGUCCCAAGCCACGGUCAUCACUGACAGCAGCAGCCUUGGAACACUGACCAGUCUAAGUGCAGUCAGACAGAUUCUGACCACAGACCCUGAGGAGGAGACAGACCAACCCAUCAAGGAUGCCUCCCUACACCUGCAAACCCCUUCACCUGUGGCAGUUUCCUCUGGGAACUUAGAGCUGUAUCCUCCAUCUCAGUCUAAUGAAACUCAUCCACCUCACCUCCUCUCCUCUUCGCCAGCAGACAUCAACUCCUACAUUCCUGAACAGAUGGUCUCUACUGCACAGUAGCAAUAUAAUGUAACCACUAUGUAAUGUGAAGGGGUGGGGAUAGAGGGGGUGAAACAAAAUGUUUUACAGUAAGUAGAGAACUGUGAUAAAGAUGCAACAGAAAUUCUUAGCAUUUGAUCAAAAACUAAAGUGCCUUGCAAAAGUAUUCACCCCCCUUGGCGUUUUUCCUAUUUUGUUGCAUUAA